AGGGCUGAAGACUGCGUUCAUGAGGUCAAUUAUCAUGAUCACGAAAGCUGUUGCCUACAGCAAGAGGCAAGACAUCUAUUUACCACGUAAACAGGAAUUGGUCAUGAACAUCAUUGAAGCCAUUGAAGAGCAUCCCGCAAGAGCCCUGUCUGUCGUCAUUCUCCAUAAAGCAAUCGUCACCAUCACCUGCAUGAGCCGUAUGAAGCCUCCCUUGAACUCGGAGAUGAGGGCAAAAGUGGCAAGUAAAAGCAUCGAGAAGGUGUUUUCCUUGCCACCUUUGAAGAUGACCACACUGCAAGCAAGCAGCCCAGCCCAAUCAACUCAAACUCAGGAUUUUUAUCACCAGACAGUGAACGCCUGCAACACCAUGCUCACCAGCUUGCUGUCCGAGGCUCCCAAUCUGGAUGCCCUGCAGGAUAUCUUGAUGCACACGAAUCCCUGGAUUGAAUCUUCCAAGAGUCAUGAGAAAAAGAGGGCCCUUAAGAGCACCAGGCACCUCCUGAAGUUUGUUUCAGAAAAUGUAAAUUUUGACAUCACAGCUGAGUUUUUUUUGCUGGGACGGCUGGUGGCUUUGCUGGCCCUGCACAUUGGCGAUACCAGCAAAGAAGUUGGCCAGACGUCCGCAGAGGCCGCCUACUACCUCCACCACCUCCUCAUGAGCAAAAUGGCCAAAGAAAUGGACCAGAAACCCAAGAACAAGAAGGGGACUAUCGCUCGUUGGCUGAGGGAGGACUUCUUCAUUUCGGGCCCAACAAUAUUUUAUAAUAACGUCUCCAAAAUGGCUAAGGUAUGUUUUAGUGCAGCAAUUUGCCUGGCUCUUUGUUGAUCUUCCUUUCUCUCCUCCUCUUGAAUGGAGAAACUCAAAAAAGUCAAUAUCAGAGUGGGGACGGCAUGCUCCAAAGGCAGGAGGGUGGAUAUCCAUCCCCCACAAUGUCUAGGAGCAGGCGAUUGCAGCUGCCAUGUUGGCUUCUUUCAUCCACAUCCUAACUUCACCUGAUGGGUGACAUGGAAUAAGGCCUGCCUCUCUACAUGGGGUGCUGUGCCCAAAUCUGGGUCAAAGUCUCUGGCUUGUUGAGAGAAGGAGGGAGUCAAAACUCUGAUGCAUCUCUGCAUGGUCUCCUUUUUUUCUUUCCCAUAGGCCUUUGGUGAACAUCUUGGCCCAUCCCAAUCAACAGAGGUGAUUUUCAAAGCCCUGGAGGUCCUGACACACCAGGACAAGAACAUGUCAUACACUGCAGGACUAAUGCUGAGUUCAUUCUUGGAGGAAUGUGGGAUGGAAAUGGAGGAGCUGCCUAUGAUCGUCAAGGAGAUGUACACGAGUCUCCCGAAUAUCUUGGACCCUGCCACGAAAGGAGAAUGUCUAAAGGCAGUGUGUCACCUGGCCGCGAAACGGGUGAACGGAGUCGUCGACAUUCUCCUUGAAUGCUCGGUGGCCUGCGAUGGAAGUGCCAGGGAGCUAUGGAAGGCGCUGGCUGAAGACCCCUAUGCCAAUAUGAAAAUCAUGAAGCCCCUCCUCAAAAGGCUUCAGGACGAAGACCCCAGCACCGAAGCCGUCGGGAGGAGAAACAGCAAGUCUCCCA